CGGACAAAUCCAACUGUCAAACUCCAGUCCCCGGAACUUCAGUCCGUUUAGCUCAGUUACAUUUUUGUUCGCAUCCAGAACACACCUACUGAAUUUUUCCACACCAAUCCGUUACUUAUCCCCCUUUCGCUUCUCGGUUCAAACCGCUCUUUAUAAUGGCCAAGGCUAAAGUGAAUCAGUGGAUUAGCCAGCUCCGUGGCGUGGGAAAAUUCCUGCGCUGGGACUUGCCCACCAUAGACAAGGCCAGAUGGUCCCUGCCAUGGAUUCAAUCGGCACGAAAUCCUACAAUUCCAUCCUCGACAAAAAUGAGCCCAUCCAAACUUAACGAAGACCAAGGCUUAACCAAUCGCAGCCUCCAGCUGGGGGAUCCGGCGAUUCCAAAGGUCGAAAGUGAAAGGUCGGCGGUGCAGCCGCAAAAUGGUUUUAUAAGUCGGGCCCUCUACUAUCGUCGGUUCUACAUCAAGCGUUAAAGGAUGCGUUGCGCCGAAAUCAAACCAAGUUCAAAUUGUUCAUGUAAUACGAAUCUUUUAGUUGGGACUUGUGCACUUUGAUUAACCGAAAAGUUUUAAGCCGGUGAUUUGUCCUAAACCUUCCCAGUAGCUUCUUAUUACAAUAACUUCUAAAUUCCUACUGUAAAAAAGACAUUCAGAUAAAUUUAUGCCACGUCUUGUAUUCCUAAACCAUUUGAUAUAGGUUAACUGAAUAAACGUUUAUAAUUUUAUACUA